AUGAUGCUGAUUACGAAAAUUGAACUGGACAAUCAGAAGAUCGUCGCCUACAAGGGUGUUAACUUUAGCAACAACCCGUUCCCGAAGCUCACUGACAAUGUGUUCCCUGAUACAGCCACCAAACACGCGGUGCUGUGCUGCAAUGCGCGUUUCUUACCCCUAGCAUAUAUACAUCUAUUGCUCAAAAAGCUCAUCAAGACCAAACAUGUUGACAUCCACGAAGUCAUGGUAAAGAUCAAGACAGCAUCACGGACCGUUCUUGUCCUCGCAGAUGACGGUACAGAGAGCGAGAAUUGGCCUGAGCACAAUAUUUCACUGUUACGAAUUACCGCCAUUGGGAGUCGAAAGCAAUGGUACAUCAACCUAUCCGGUGCUGAGCUCGGGCUCACGCAAGCAUUCUUUACCGCUGCCGACUUCGAAUCCAAGCACAUGCAGAGGCUUUGUGCAGUCUUCGAGUUCGGUAAAUGUAGAGAAUACAUCUGGACUUGCUCAACUAUGCCAGGCUGGUUUGCGCACACAGAGCGCAUUGGCUUUCAGGCCUCAUCACGGAUGGAAACAGCACUACUGACCUUCUUGCAGCAGCCUGGAAAUGACUUGAGAAAUCUUCGCAAGAGGAGCUUCGCAGACUCGACGAGCUGGACACAACCGUUGGUUGAGGCUUUGUCUCAGGCUGUUCAUGGGUACAUCUCCAACUACAACGUCGGUGGACUCAUGUCUCAGAUCAUCCAUGAGCCAUUGAGUCUGACGCAAGAAAUGACGAGGAGGCAUUUUCAUCACGCUAGCAUUCUUGGCGAUGCUAUGACGGACGAGGAGAAAGCGAACCGCCCUAGCGUAGCUUUGGAUCUGGCGAGGUUCGAGCAACAACACAAGGGCCCUGGCGUGGAUAUGGUGAUAGGGAGUUUAAGUCUCUUUAGUUAG